AUGUGGACGUCUCUGGCCGAUGCUGUGCCUCUUGUGUCGACUGUUGCGCCUCCUGUUGUUGUCGCCUCUCCUCCGGUGGAUGUUUCGCCAUCUGGUGCCCGUCCUGCUCCAGUUGGUGUCCCUGGAGUUCCUGUGGAUCUUCCGUCUGCCUUCAGCUCGGCACCCCCGUCUUCAAGUUCUUCAUAUGCUGCACCUGUCCCUGUACUCUCGCCGUCUGUCCCGACUGUGCUGGAUGCUGGGGUGGAUACAGCGCCUCCUCCUGUGCCUGGCCUGGUACCCCAUGUGGUUGAUGAUGCUGCCGUUCUACAACGAGCGUCGGAUCACCCGGCUUGUGGUGCUCGUGUCUGA